GCCCGAGCGCUGCGCGCGGGGGUGCGGGGCGCCGGGCUCGCGGCGGGGGCUCCGGGCGGGGAAGCCCGAGGUGGCCCCCCCUCCCCCCCGCCGCCCGGGGAAACCCCCUGCCGGGCCAAAGAGUGCGGGCUGGGAGGGCCCGAUCACUGGAGACUUGCUCCGGAGGGUGGGACUGGGAGGCUGGGAGUGGCAGGCACUUCCUGCGCCCACGUGGGGGCUCGGGGUGCCGGGUUUCGCCGGGGUCGGAUGCCGGGAAGGGGUGGUGGGCGGAGGAGCGCGGGUUCUGUCCGGGCACGUUACCAGAUGUGUCCCCCUGGAGUAGCAUCCCAACUGUUGCUGCCGCUGGGUUUCGGGGCUCCCCUGAGCGUUAAAGCAGACGUUGGAGUAAUACCCCCCUUUCCCUCUCUUCUUCCCCUCCCACCUCCUGUUUGGUGGGCACGUAACUGGCACCCUACAGCGAUUAUGGAUGCCGACUGUUGAGCCGGUGGUAAACCAGUGCAGUUAAGAGGGCUUACAGGCUUCUCAGAACUUUGGGCCACAGAUCAGUGGAUAAUCAUGGGUCCCAGUAGCGACUUUUUCCCUGCAUCCCAGUUUGAGGCCCUGGCGCGCUGUCCCGCUUAAGCCGAGGGCUGGAGCCUGAAGCCCAAGUGCAAGGAAAUGAACACCUGCCUUCCACCCAAAUGCUCAAGAAUGCUCAGUGAUACCCACUCAGUUCUUGUGUUGCCCUCUUUCCUUGUGCUGUUUAUUUUCCCUUGAAAGGACCCCACCCACCCCUUACUGGAAGUUUCAGGGGCUCCCCCUGUUGUAGAUCAGCUUGUGCCUGCCCGUGAGCGAACCCAGCAUGAGUGAAGUUCCCUGCAAAAAACGUGAUGACUAUUUGGAAUGGCCUGAGUAUUUCAUGGCUGUGGCCUUCUUAUCGGCACAGAGAAGCAAAGAUCCAAAUUCACAGGUCGGAGCGUGCAUCGUGAAUGCAGAAAACAAGAUUGUCGGCAUCGGGUAUAACGGGAUGCCAAAUGGGUGCAGCGAUGACCUGUUGCCUUGGAGGAGGACGGCGGAGAGCAAGCUGGAUACCAAAUACCCUUACGUGUGCCAUGCCGAGCUGAAUGCCAUCAUGAACAAAAACUCAGCCGAUGUGAAAGGCUGCACUAUGUAUGUCGCCUUGUUCCCGUGUAAUGAAUGUGCGAAGCUCAUCAUCCAGGCAGGUAUAAAAGAAGUUAUUUUCAUAUCUGAUAAAUACCAUGAUAGUGAUGAGAUGACGGCCGCGAGGCGCCUGUUUGAUAUGGCUGGGGUGGCCUUCAGGAAAUUCACACCAAAGUGCAGCGCGAUUGUCAUUGACUUUGAUUCAAUUAACAGCAAACCGAGCCAGAAGCUUCAGUGAGUUACAUCUCAUUACAACUCCAAAAGAUUGGGAUUAUCCUCUUCUAAGAAGCUGCUAAUGCCUUUCAUCUUGAAGUUACACAUAACUUUUUAAUAGCGAGUCCAGCAAAAGUCGACAUCUAAAGAAUGUAGAGCCUCAAAUCUUCCCUACUGUCUCUCUUGUCACAUGGAAUGUGCAUCUGUUUAAACUACUGAUUUAGGGUUUAAAAUCAAGGAGCCUGUAGAUGGCCUGUCGCACGGGGCUGGCGUGUGUCCUGGUUUGCUGGGACGCUGGCGGCGUGAAACGGCUGCUCCUCGCUGCUAAGGUGCUGGAAGGACAAAGAAAUAAUUGUUGUUGUGCUCCUGGCAGGAUGAACAGAUGCACUGAUUUGAACAUCCGGCCCAAGUGAAGCAUGACAUGUAGUGCCCUUGGGGAAAAAAAAUAGGACCCCCAUGACAAGUGCAAAUGCAGACGUAUUGGCUUUAGGGCGUGGAGGGAAACCGCCACCGACCCACCCCCAAAUCCUAGACAGGAUGGCACAGCUUUCCUGAGGAAUGAUGAGCACCACUGAGCCUGGAGCACUUUCUCUCCUUCUGCUGUCCUACUUCCUACAGGGGUGGUGGCACUUUCUGCUUCCAGAAGUGGGGACCGCCGUUGGUUUGUGCCCCACGCGGAGCUCUUACGUUGCUUUAUCUGAAUAAUGAGUUGUUCCCGGCGGAGACAGCCUGUCUCCCCUCGUCGCCCCCAAGACCACGGCUGCUGGGGCAGGAGGGUCGUGUGGAUGGCGGUGGCGCGUGCACCUGCCCCUUCUACCACGUGGAAGAGUCGCUGCUCCUCCGCGUGCCCACACGGUGCACGUCCAAGGCCGCUCAGCCAGGGAGUCGAUUAAUUCCUACCCUGUAAGUGAGAUGUGAGAAGUUCAGCCUGCCUCGCGGUGGUUUAUUCCAGGUCUGUUGGUAACGGGAGCUCAUCUGUGCUCCUGGCGCCGUGUCUUCAGAAGCACAGAGCUCGCCUUCCCAGUCACUGCGGCUCGGGGAUGUGGCUCGGUGCGCCUCGUCUUUAAUCUCCCUUAAUUCUUAUUAAACGUGCUCAGUAGCUUUGUUGAGAAAGUGGGUUCUUUAUCCUAAAGAUUAUUACCGUUCUCAAGUGCUCUUAUGUUUUCAUGAGCUUUUAUUUUGUCUCUGAGGUUCUGUACUCCGUAUUCUAGGGCGUUUUGUCAUUUGGCUCCUUACCAAUCUUAUUAAAAUCUACCACACGGAAGUA